UCUCCCUCCCCCCACCCCCUCUCUUCCGCCAGCGCGCUCAGCUCCGACCGACCGACCGACCACCGCCGCGAUGAGGCAGUGGAAGUCCCUGGUCCCGGCCGCGCUGCACCUGCACGGCUCGGCCGCGUCCUGCUUCCCGCACCCGCCGUCGUCGCCCAGGGCCGCCGCGGAGGAGACGACGACGGACGACCUGCAGCUACCGUCUCUAGGCGCUGCGGCGGCGAAAGGCACGGCGGUGCGGCUGGUGGGGUGCGACGGCCGGGUGCGCGCGUACGCGCCGCCCGUGACGGCGCGGGAGCUGAUGCAGGAGCACCCGCGGCACCUGGUGUCCCGCGCCGACGCGCUGCUGAUCGGGGAGAAGAUCCCCGCCGUGGCGCCCGGCGAGGAGCUGCAGCCCGGGGAGGCCUACUUCCUGCUGCCCGCGCACCUGUUCCGCUCCGUCCUCUCCUUCGUCUCCCUCGCCUCCUCGCUGCUGCUCCUGCUGUCGUCGUCGUCGUCGUCCACCACCACCGCCGCCGGCGCGGGUGCCGGUGCCGGUGCCGGGAAGAAGGCCGGCGCCGGCAGGCCGUUCGAGCUCCACCGCACGGCGUCCGGCACGCUGCAGAUCAAGUUCUCCGACGACUUCCUCCUCGCGGACAACGGCAAUGGGGAGGACGAGGAGGAGGAGGACGAGGCGCCCGCGCAGAAGGAGCAGCAGCAGCGCGCCGUGCUGCUGCGCGGCGACGACCGCCUCGCCAAGGACUACGAGGAGCUGGUCGGGUACAGCAAGUCCCGCCGCUGGGCGCCCAAGCUGGAGACGAUCGAGGAGGCGGUUCCGCCCGCCGCCGCCGCGGCCCCCGAGUCCGCCGGCGCCGCGUCACCGAAGGCCCAGCGCGGCGGCAGGAAGAGCCGCGCGCUUCCGUUCCUCGGCCGCCUGGGCAGCCGCCGCCGCAGCCGCGACCGCGACGCCUGCAGCGCCGUCGUGGCCUGCUCCGGCUAGGGACGGAGGGAGGGUGAGAGUCUCUCUCGAUCUGUCCCGUCCGGUAGGGUAGUUUUUCAGGUCGCCGGCGGUCGACGGCGUCGGCGUCCUGGUUUAGUGGGUGGCUGGAUUUUGUAUGUAAUUAGGGGAAACAAAUUUUGGUGCUAAUCUAAUCUGUAAAUGGUGAUGGUGGCCGACAGAUUUUCCUCCGCCGUUCUUUUC